AGCCUCUGCUUCCAGGAACGUUGAAUUAUACUCGGAUAAGCCGACUUUACCCCCACAGCGCACCCCGUCUGCUUUCCCAAAGUUUCUCACUGGUGUAGAACGGUAGGACGGAUUGGUCGGGCGCAGGCUCUGCUUUUUACCCCCCUCUUUGACCGAUCACUUACACCUCUCCUCGGAUCUUGGUUUCUUUUUGGGAGUUUUUCUUUUUUCUUCUUUUUCUUUUUUUUUCGGGGCAGCGAUUGAGUCCUGACAAACUGUGAAAUGAGUUUCUCUACAAUUUCGUCAGUUUCAGGAUCAGAGUGCCUCCGACAUCAAGCAAGAAAAUGGGAAAUACUCAGUUAAACUUUGAAUGCUGUUCCAAACCGCGGUGCUCGGGGGGCGUUGAGGUUAUGCAGGUCCCCCCGUCGUCCCAGUGGAGGAGGUUAGCUGACGAGCUGACAACCAGUGGCUUUGGCUUUGGCUGCUGAACCCCUCCUCAUCCCUCCCUCGCUCCCUCCAUCUCUGAUGGCUCUAUGGGGCGUCCUCAGCCUCAGCCUUCACUGCUGGGUGUGUUUACGGUCAGCAACAACAGCAGCAGCCACAGCCAGCCAACCCAAUGACAAGCCUGGGGGUCCGCUGGACUGGCUCCUGUCUGAUAAAGGGCCCUUCCACCACUCCCCGGAGUACAUCGACUUUGUGGAGAAGAACCGGCAAGGCUUCUCCACCAGAUACAAGAUAUAUAGGGAGUUUGGGAGAUGGAAGGUGAACAACUUGGCGGUGGAGAGGAGAGAUUUCCUGGAGUCUCCGUUACCUCUGACACCUGAGUUUAUCAGGAACAUACGACUCCUGGGCCGCAGACCCACUACCCAGAUGAUCACCGACAAUCUGAUUAGGAAGUAUGGGACUCACUUCCUGUUGUCAGCUACACUGGGAGGAGAAGAGGCCUUAACGAUAUUUGUUGACAAAAGGAAACUGAGUAAGAAAGCAGAGGUGAGUGAUUACUCGGGUAACUCCUCCACUGUGACUCUGGAAGCUCUGCACCAGCUGGCUGCCUCCUACUUCAUUGACAGGGAGAGCACCCUGCGCAAGCUGCACCACAUCCAGAUCGCCUCCACUGCCAUCAAGGUGACAGAGACCCGAACAGGUCCUCUCGGAUGCAGUAACUAUGACAACCUUGACUCUGUUAGCUCAGUGCUGGUCCAGAGCCCUGAAAAUAAGGUCCAGCUUCAAGGCUUGCAGGUUAUUCUGCCAGACUAUCUGCGAGAAAGUUUUGUUCAAGCUGCUCUCAGCUACAUAGCCUGUAACGGAGAGGGAGAAUUUGUCUGCAGGGACAAUGACUGCUGGUGCAACUGUGACCCCAAAUUCCCAGAGUGCAACUGUCCCUAUAUGGACAUCCAAGCCAUGGAGGACAGCUUGCAGAGAAUCACAGAGACAUGGGGAAUGCUCUACAAAGAGUUUGAGGAAUCAGAUGAGUUCAGGACCUUCUUUGCAAGGCUGCCGCAGAACAUUUUCCUGAAUGUGUCGACCAUCCAGCACUUGUGGUCACUGGACAGCCUGUUCCAGUGGCGAUAUGAGCAGCUGGAGAACAGCAUGCGUGUCCUCUUCAGACGGGCCCAGAGAGUUGUUUUCAAGCUGUUCAGUCUCAGCAAAAGGUGCCACAGACAGCCACACAUCCGCCUACCCAGAGAACGGCCUCAGUCUUAUUGGCUGAGCCAUUUUCAAUCUCUCUUGUAUUGCUCGGAGAACAACCAGCUUGGUACAUUCUCUGAGGAGCUCCACAGCUGUAGCUGCCGAUACGAACACAGCCCCUGUCAGCUGCCUCCACCCUGCUCUGUUGGGGAAGGCACAGCAUGUGCAGCUUGUGCCCCAGACAACCACACUCGCUGUGGGAGCUGCAACCCAGGCUUCGCCCUGACACAGGGGGCCUGCAGGCCCAUGGUAGCAGACUCCACGGAAAACUACCUGGGUUUCGAGACGGACCUCCAGGAUUUGGAACUACGCUACCUACUACAGAGAGCUGACCGCAGGCUAGAGGUCCAUGCCAUCUUCAUCAGCAACGACAUGAGACUCAACAGUUGGUUCGACCCAUCAUGGAGGAAGAGGAUGCUGCUGACGUUGAAAAGCAACAAGUACAAGUCCAACAUGGUGCACAUGCUGCUAGGUGUGUCCCUACAGAUCUGCCUUACCAAGAACAGCACCCUGGAGCCUGUCCUUACUCUUUACAUCAACCCGUUUGGAGGGAGCCAUUCAGAGAGCUGGUACAUACCCGUCAAUGAGAACAAUUUUCCAGACUGGCAGGCCACAAAGCUGGACCUGCCUCUGGAGUGCUACAACUGGACUUUGACUCUGGGCAACAAGUGGAAGACGUUCUUUGAGACCAUCCAUAUCUACCUUCGGAGCAGGAUAAAGACUCAGGAUGGAGUGAAUGACAGUGUUUAUUAUGAGCCUUUAGAGAUGACAGAUCCCGCCCGGAACCUUGGCUACAUGAAGAUAAACAGCAUCCAGGUGUUCGGCUACAGCAUGCACUUUGAUCCGGAGGCAAUCCGCGACCUGAUUCUGCAACUGGACUACCCGUAUACCCAGGGUUCCCAAGACACAGCCAUGCUCCAACUUUUGGAAAUACGGGACCGGGUGAACCGGUUAUCCCCUCCCGGUCAGCAGAGGUUGGAUCUGUUUGCCUGUCUUCUCCGGCAUCGACUCAAACUUACUGCCAGUGAGGUGGUUCGCAUCCACACCUCCCUGCAGGCCUUCAGCUCACGUCUGCCCAAUUCCUUGGAUUAUGAGACCACCAAGCUGUGCAGUUAACAGCUGCUGGAGGGGAGCUCUGGAAUGUAAAUGGCUACAAUGAGAACUAUUGGACAUAUGAUUUGUGGCCAUUGUGGUGUCGAGGUUUACAGUUCUGUACAGCUCUGUCCGCGUGGAAUACCAAACUGUAUGGCUAAUUGGAAGAGGACCGGCUGUGGACAGCUGGAGAAUGUACUAAUCGGAUUGUUUUGGUUUCUUUUUUGUGGCAACGACUCACAGUGCUAUAUCAUUAAGAAUAUGAUGGAUCAGCAAGAUGAAAUGCACAACUGUUUCGCAAGAACAAAAUUUUAAUAAAAGAGAUCUACAGUAGAAAUUCAGAUAACACUACAUUAAGUUGAACCAUCCUGUUUCAAUAUGACCCUGCUCAUUUAUACUGUAAGUACCAAGGCCAAAUGAAUGGACAUUUUAAGAUAAACAUUAUACAGUAUGUUUGUUUGUAAUUUUUAUAUGUUCCUUUGCUUCAGUGACAGUGCACUUUCCAUGAAGACCAGAAUACAGUGGUGUCAGUAAAGGUUUUGUAGAUAAAUUGAUAUUAAAACAUCAUGUUAUAACA